AUGCAGGAUGACAGGAAACAUGCUUCUACCAAGCAUGUCGUAGCACCAGCAACAAGGCCCCAGUCUGGACGACGAGGCAGAGGGGGCGGACACCAUGGGAGCUCGACUCCUGCCACAAAGGUCGCACAGGACAGGGAUAGUGGUUUGAGCACAGCACUGCGUGGCGGACGCGGCGGUCGCCAUGCAGGAGACAGGGCGUCUGCAUCGCAUGAUUCUCCAGCUAAUCGCACGCCAGAUGCAGCUGUGCUUGGCCGCAGUCCCUCUCGCACUGGAUUCACCAGCGCAAACCAUCUGCUGAAUUUCCAGUAUGAGUCUCGCCAGAACACUGCCAGGGGCGGCGGUUGGGCCGGGAGGGGCCGCGGUGGCCGCAAGGGGGCGCCGCGGCCGCAGCCGUACAACCGCAACAAAUUCCUGCAGGCCAACUUCAGGUUCCUGGUGUCCGACACGGCCGACCUCAGGAGGCAUGAGGCUGACGCCGACCUCAUGCUAGACUGGGAAGACAUUGUCCAGGUGGACAUGCUGACAACGCAGCCAGUGCAGUGCCCGAUCUCUCUGGAGAUGGCACCGGUGUGUCCCCAGAUCACGCCGUGCGGCCACGUGUUUGCCUUCCCCUCCAUCAUGGCGCACCUGAUCACCCACGGCGGGGACAGCCUUAGGAAAGCCUCGCCGUGCCCCCUCUGCUUCCAGCCCAUUGUGGCUCGUGAACUGCGCCUGGUGCACAUCCACCAGGUUCAGCAGCCAAAGGUGGGAGACAAGGUGACAUUCAGGCUGCUGCGCCGCCCUCGGCACAGCAUCAUACCUUCAGAGGUUGGCUCUGUCCACGCGCAUGAGGAGGAAAUCGAGGCAGACAGCCCGAAGGUACCUAGCGGCCAAGUCAGUGCUCAAAGCUCCUGGAAAUCAAAUGCAGCAGAGACGCUGUUGAAGCAAGGGGCCUCAGCUGAAGCCAAAGCACAGCACAAGAAGUCUGCUAGCAGUAUUGCCACAAUGGCAUUGUACAACAAGUUUGCCAAGUUUAGCGCCAUCAGCAAGGCAGAUGCUCUCUGGAAGCAGGCUGCAGAACAGCUCGCUCUCUAUGCGGCGCAGGUGACAGCGGAAGGAGGGCGGGAUGCUGCAAUGGAAGCGCCGUUCAUCUACGCGGCAAUAGAUGCACUGGCCGCGCGUGCCAUGGCCUGGGCUGAGCGCAGGCAGCGCAUGAUCCUGGAGUCCCACCCAGAAGAUGGCAGCUUGCUGUCUCCUGGGGAAGCAGCCUCGGCAGCAUCCGCCGCCGUCAAGGAGGUGACGAGUGCGGCGCUGCACUCUGCCCAGCAGCAGCAUGAGCAGAAGGCGGCCGAGGAAGCAAGACGGCAGGAGGAGGCUGCACAGAGGGACGCGCUGCACAGGGAAUUCCCCUCUCUGCGCGCUGCCGCCACACCCCCACCACGCGCUUGGGGGUCUGCUGCGGCGCAUGUGAUGGCUGCACGGGCGCAGGCAGCGGAGCCUGCCUUCUCUGACGACGAGUUUGAGGGCAUUGACAUGGACGGCAUUGACAGCCGAUCCAGACCCCCCAGCCCCGCCGAUGUGUCACCCCACGAGGAUGACAUCUUUGAGGCGGAUGAGGAGCAAGGCAAGGCUGCGAGAGAGAAGGGGCUGCCGAUCCCUGGGAGCUUCAGCAGCACAAAGCCCGCCGCUGACAUGGCUGGAUCGGCAGGCAACACAGGCGGCAUCCUGGGGAGCUCGCCGGCCGAGCAUCCUAGCUUCCUGACGUCGGGCGACUACUACUUCUACCAGGCGGCCGACGGCCAGUGGCUCUUCCUGGCCGCGCUGGACGUGCGCAUCCUAUCAGCGCACCACGGGGGGUCCUACGCGGCGCUGCCCCCCGCCGUGUGCGCCACUCUGCUGGAGCUUGACCCCAUCACCCAGACCGACCUCAUGCGCAAGAAGAUGAAGUUCCUGGGGCACCUCCCGCUCACAGGCACGCCCCGACAGCCACCUUGUGCCUUCCAUGUGGCAGAGGUGGACCUGGGGCAGCUGCUGCCGCCAGAAGCGCUGGCGCCGUUUGCUGACGAGCUGAAGGCGAGGGAACGGCGUCGUGAGCGCAAGCUCCAGGAGGAGGCCAAGCAAGCUGCGCGCGAGUCUGCCAGAGCUGCCGCCUCUGCCGGAUCCGCCGCACCCACGGCAGCAGAGCUCAAGGCAAUGCCGCUGCCCAUGGCCAGCUUGAGGGCAGCGGCCGAGGGCUUCAGCGAGGACGAGGCCCUGAGCGCCGCGCUGGCCGCCUCGCUGGCACAAGAGGGCGCCCAGGACGGCGCUGCAAGCGACGGCGGCGCCAAGGAGCCUCCCCAGGGCGGCGUGUCCUUCGCCAAGAUCACCGCGCUGGGCUAUGCUGCCACAGGUCCGGUGCUGGCAUCGACCUCGCCAGGCGCCACCAUGACGGGCGCCAGUCCCCCCGGCGCGCAGAGGUUGGCGUGGGGCCGCGCUGCCGGCCCGCAGCCGACCGCCGCGCCGGCCGCGACAGCGGCGCCGUCCUGGGCUCAGACCCGCACCGGCGGCUCCCCGUGGGGUGCUGUGCCUGCUCAAGCCAGCGGGACUGCCCCCUCGCAGCCGUCAUCUGCUCCUGCCGCUGCCCCAAGCGAGCUGGGAGGACGUGAUGCUGGUUGGCAUCAGCCUGCUGAGUCAGCAAAGGGCCUAGAGAACCUGCCUGGGUCAGGCAAGAAGACAAAGAAGGGGCACAAGCAGCAGACACUGCUGAUGAGCACCACCCAGCGGCGCUACUGA